AGUCCAGCGAGCGCGAGGGCGGCCUCUAGUCCAGUACGCUAGCGCUGCUACCCUGCCGCCGUCCGGCGAGGCGGCGACGAUUCCGGCGCGCGACACGUGACUGCACCUUCUACGACCCAGGGGGCGAGCUGAUUCCUUUUUGCAAGAUGACACAACCACAAUCCUGGUCAGAUCUCCCAACAGAGCUCGCUGGCCUGGUUCUCUGCCACCUUCCUGCCUACUCUGACUGUGUCCGCUUCGCGGCUGUAUGCCGCCAUUGGAGCUUCUCUGCCAUGCAGCAUUGCCUGCCUCCACCUGUGCCAUGUUUGGCGUUCCCUGAUGGUACCUUUUUCAGCUUACCUCACAGCGAAUCCUUCCAGUUCCCCGAGAACAUGGGCUAUCACAGCUCCUGUGGGCUGUGGCGAGUGGCUUGUCUUCUUAUGUGAUGGCACCUACUCCUUGAAGAACCCCUGCUCCAAGGUCACCUUGACACUGCCUAAACUAUCUUGUCUCUGCCUCAUCGAGGAGCCUGAGGACAUUGUCAAUUUAACUGUCACCCUGGGGGGAGAGAUGCCCCAAGAAUCUCUGGACAUGGAUGCUGAGAUGCCAGUGUACAAGUUAGUUGUGUGCUCGUCCCUCCUUGUUGCUGCCAUUGUUAACCUUGGGCCUGUGUAUACCAUUGCUUUGUGCCGGCCAGGUGCUAACUCAUGGUUUGUAAGUAGACUUCUUCUCAGGAGAGAUCAGCACAUAGACAUGAUGCUCUACGGAGGUAAGUUGUUUGUCCUUGAUGAGUUCAAGAACCUUGUGGCCAUUGAUGUUGGAGAGGACAACGAUAAUGGCAAGCUAAGCAUCUCUCAGGUUGAGUGCCUCAUUGAGACUCCGUCUCUUACCUUCAGUUUGAUGCAGAAUGGCGUGACUUCCAUCAAUCAUGUUCUGGUUGAAUCACAUGGUGCAGUGCUUAUGAUCCGUACGACAUUCUUUGGUAUGCCAUCUGAUGAUAACACGGGAUCAACUAAGCCAGUAGGGAUUCAAUUCAAGGUGUUUUGAGGCAGACUUCCAUUCGUUAAGGUGGGUGGGUGUGACAAGCCUUGGUGAUGAUAAGGCACUGUACAUCAGCCAAAGCUACUCGCGAUCUGUCUUUGUGUCUCUGUACAAGCUAAAGGGGAACUGUAUCUUCAUCCUGGAUGAUGGCACUUGCGACUGGUUCUGGAAUGGCAAGACAAAUUCUUAUGCUAUGCACAGCAUGACUGACGGCAGGACCUACUUACCGAUGCCCUCAGGUUCGUUCAAGGGUGGGAAGGCACCAGCGGCAUGGCUCUUCCCUACCUCGUUAAUGUGAGAAGCCUUGCAGUUGCAAGUGACCAUGUGGCUGAUGUUGUAUACUAUCCGAACUUUCAAUUGGCCAUUUACUUUCUCCAUACGAUAUCCCAGGAUGUUAUAUGAGCUCUGGGCGCUUUGUUUUGAGCCUUGUGUUACUACUGAAAAAUGGAGGCUGGCAGUGGCCGUCUUCCUCAGCAUUUUUAUUUUCGGUCAUGUGUUGCUAUUUGCUACGUCAAGCUGAUGCUUGAUUGUGUUCUUCUGUGAGCUAAGCUGGAUCCGAAUCAACUGGUAUCAAUGCUUAAUGCUGUUUGUCAUUGA